ACCUAGUAGAUUCUUAAUUUUAGCGAAAAUAUAUUAAGUGUGUUGAUUUUGACUUUAGAUUGAUUGUUCUCUGGGUGCAAAUGGGAUAAACAAAAUUCAGUUUAUUCCAAUCGAAAUUCUUAAAAAAGGGGGGGAAAAAAUUAUAUAUCUGGUUGGCCAUUACCUAUCACACUCUGUCUUGAACUAGGCCUUAGUAUAUAAAUGCCCAUAUUUAGAUUUGUUUCUGAGCAGCCUUAAUAUCUUGUUUACGUAAGACAAAUUCUAAGCUUUGUUUCUCUUCUAAGCGCUCAUAACAAUAUGGAUAACAAAGAAGAAAAAUCAGCAAAGUCUCAGUUACCCAUUGAAGGAGCUGAUGAAUAUAAAGCAACAAAGUCUGCAAAAGAAAUUAAUGAUCAAGUGAUCAUUGAUCCGCCAAAAGUUGUAACAAUCGAAAGUGAUGCAACUACUACAGCUGCAGAAAAAGUUAAAGAGGAAAAUAUUCCAGUUGAGUGCAACAAAUCUGAACAAGUUGAGAAAGAAGAAAAGGUCGGUGAUGAUACAAAAGAAAGUGAAGAAAUACCGGACACUGUAGAGAUAAAGCCAGUUGAAAAAGAGUUCAAAUGCCGGCCAGUGGCGUUUCCUUUGGGACUUCCAUUUGCCCUAAUAUCUCUCGUCCUUGCUUUUAUUGGAGGCAUUAUCUGGAUUAUCGGGUUGAUGUUGACAUGCAUAUGCCCUUGCUGCUUCUGCGUGACUAUCUUGGUGGAAAUGGCUCUUAGCCUAGUGAAUGCUCCUUUUCAAUUCUUCCAGUAUAUCACUGAUAAAAUACCUUUCUGAAGACCCUUGUAUAUUUGUAUAUAUGGGAUUUAAGUUGAAGAUUGCUCAGUCUUGCACUAUAUUUAAGUAUAUCCUUUUAGUCCUAUUACAUAUAAAGAUGUGCUCUAUAUGUCCCAUUCUUCAAAUUUUUCUCUUUUGGUGGUU